AUGGUACUGUUUCGGAUGCUUGUGUUAGCCAUGUGCUCAGUAAAUGCAUUCGCGCGAAAAUCGAACGUAAUAAACAGUACAUGUUCAGAAUACUGUGGGGAAGUAAGCAUUCCAUACCCUUUUGGAAUCGGAAAUGGUUGCUACGUCGGAGAGUGGUUUGAGAUAGUCUGCAGAUCAUCAAAUGACUCUUAUGAUCUGGGAUUUCCAAAACCAUUUUUGAAGAGCUUCGACCUGGAGAUGCUGGAGAUUGACCUUGUAGGCAAAGUUCGCGUCAACUAUACCAUUUUUUCGAGCUGUACCAAUGGCACGAGCAGCAAAAAUCAUCUGGAGUUAGACAAAAGUCCUUUCGUCUUCUCCGACAACAAAAACAGCUUCGUUGUCAUGGGUUGCAACAACUCUGCCUCGUUGCGGUCCUUGUUCCAUAAUGACUCGAAUUCCUUUGACGGUGGGUGCGAGUCUUCUUGUGACAAGGAUCCAUUCAUAAAUGGAAGUCGUUGCUACGCCACAAACUGUUGCCAAACCACAAUCCCUUCUCAUGAUCUCCAAGUAUUCUCUACAACAAUAGAGACGAAAGGUUCCGGCCGCCACAAUAUUAGUGGAUGUAAGUACGCAUUUAUGGUUGACCAGGAUUGGUUUGAGACCAUAUUCACAGAGCCGAGUCCAAAUAUGUCCGUUCCAGUGAUAUUGGAAUGGGGGCUUGACAAUACUUCUUUCUAUUAUCUUCCCACAAGGAAAAACUCGACGGCAAGGGAAUACGCGAACUCAACGGCCUAUUCUUGUACUCGUUGGAGCACGAGGAGGAUAUACAAUGAUACCAUUACUGUUUGGAUCAAUACCACCUGGAACUGGAAGUGUGGGUGCCGGCAUGGCUACAGAGGAAAUCCGUAUCUUCUUGGAGGAUGUCGAGAUGUCAACGAAUUAUGUGAAAAUAUGGAUGGGUCCUAUUACACUUGUUUCGAGCCUCCGAGGUCUGAUGAUCAGCAAAUGAGUGCCAUCAUUAUAGGUAUUAGUACAAGCUUUGGGGUAUUAUGUUUGCUUUUUGGUGGAUGGUGGUCACACAAACUUAUAAGGAAAAGGAAGAUGAUUAAACAAAAAGAGAAGUUCUUCAAACGAAAUGGUGGACUAUUGUUACAACAACAACUAUCUUCAAGUGAUCAUGUCAAUGUUGAGAACAACAAAUUGUUUAUCAUCUACUGGUUUCAAAAGUCUUAG